CGACAAUGUGCCGUCGACCUGCUGGGAAGAGAAGAGGAAAACAGGAACGAGAGGGUGGACCGCGGUCAGUUAUACCAGUAGAGGGAACGACGCUAAGGGACGGGCUUCGCGGAGUUGACGAUGGCUUCGAAUGGAUGUGUUCCAGCAAGAGAACGCAUCAAUCGGGGCCGAAAAGAUUGCAGGGCCAAUGGGUGCGACCGAGGCUGGGCAGCUGGAGAUGGUCGCCUUUGGAAGGGAUGGCACAAGAGUUGCGUUGUCCUUGCACGGCAAUUUUCAAACUUCCAGAUUUGGCAGAAUUGGACGUUUCUCACGAUGAUCACGGAUGGAAAGGGACAAGGUGUGUUGUCUUCUCUGUCGUCCGAUGCUUUGAACCCUUGGUCGGGGGUCUGAUGGGAUGGGUCAUUUCGAGGCUGCAAGGGUCCCAGGCAGGAGUUCGCUUGCUCGCUGUUCCAAUUUUCUGGAGAACCCGGCGGUCUGACCCCGCCUCCGAGAACACUUGACCCCACUUUCCGCGCCACUGUGGGCUUGCCAUUUGCUCGUAGGGACUCUGUCUUGUCAGGGAACAAUUCAUUCAUUGUGUUGUUCAUCGGUCAUGAACUCCACUCCCAACAACAUGCGGUUUCUGCUGGAAAUUCACCGAAUCGACGCAGGCAACCGCUGCAAGCCGCCGUCGACACCCAAACACAAGGCGAACUCUUGGAACCAUUGAUGGCCUCACAACAAAACCGGCAGAACUGAUCUCCAUCGGUGCCCGACGACUCCAUCGAGGAGGUGAAUGACGGAUGUGCACAUCAUCACGAGGGCUUGUGUCCCGGCUUCAACACGGGGACGACAAUUAUCCUAGUCACUCAAAGUAGUUACGGCCUCAUGGAGAUCGCCGGCAUCGUUGAUCCGCUCAGCCGCUGUGGGCUGCCGACUGGUUCAAAGUCCACCACGAUAUCCAGCGGCAGCGAUCAUUCGUGAUAUUACUUGCGUUGGCUCAACCAGAUGGUUUUGCCCCCCCGUGGGGUUGCUUGCGCCUCCCGCAACGGCGCAAUCGAUUAGGCAAUCACAACCAUGCCUCAGAAACAAAGUGAGGUCAUGCAGGCCAAGUCCACCAGCGUCGUUCCACUUGGUAAGAGAAACAGACGUCGUGAAUAGCCUCAACUCGUGGACACGACUGGCUACAUAGGCUGCGGUCUUGCUAGUAGCUCUUGGCUCAUGUCAGCGUAACAAGUGAAGUGGGCAAAGUAGGCUGUGAACGACGCAUGAUGGCUUCUAGCCCGGUUUGUGUCGGACAGAGCAGAGCCUCAGUGUGGUGUAUCCGCUUUUGUGUGAGUAAUACCACGAGGGAGGACUGAGAUAUUUGUUUACUGUCCCCGCUGUGAUCAGGCUGCUGCUCGGAAAAAUUCCAUAACGAAUGUAUUCCCAGAACCAAGCAGGCACUUCUCAGCUUGAUGUUUCACAUGUCCUCAUGUGCCCAUUUCAUCGUUGACGUUGAGAGAUCCCAAGGUGGGGUUGAUCUCAACAGGCUUAUCUUAUCGCUUACGCACAGAUCACUUGCGUCAUUGGAAAUCGGGGCUGCCCCUCGUCGCAAUCCCAAGCGGAAGCACGGAUCUCAAAUUGCGAGACUUGUCGAACAAAGAAAGCCUCUCCGCAAAACCCAUCAGCAAUUCCAAAUACUUCUUAUCUAGGAUUCUGUAGCAUAUUUGCUGUAAUAGCAUAAGGUUCAUAUCCUGAAUAAUCAACCCCAUACUACAGAAUGUCUGAGCAGUGUCAAGACAAGGAAGGUUGACAAAUCCGUCCGAUCCGCUCCAUCAUCCCGCCAUCUAAUAUCCCGGGGUAGUAUGUGGAGAUUCUACAGUCCCUACUCUGUAGUAGUUUGCGAGUCUACAAUCCAUUGUCGCAACCGCUUUUUUUGUACCGUUCGUCCCCUCCAUUCCAAAACAGCUGCCUCUCUUGUUUGCAUAUCCCAUUUCAGCCUUUUUUUUUUUCCAACACCCCCCUCUCUCCGUUUCCAAGACCUCCUCUUAACUCGAGAGUUCCCCGCACUUUGUCUUUCCAUGUCCUUCUUCUUUCGCAGAUUCUUCUCAGCAACCUCACCAGCAACCAUGGACGCCGCCCAGAAGAAAGCCCAGCAGUUGAUCGAUGACAAUGCUGUCAUGGUCUUUAGCAAGUCCUACUGCCCCUACUGCAACAACACCAAGCGCCUCCUCGACUCCUACAACGCCAAGUACAAGGCCAUCGAGCUCAACCAGGAGGACGACGGCGACGACAUCCAGGCCGCGCUCGCCAAGAUCACCGGCCAGAGGACGGUGCCAAACAUUUUCAUCAACAAGCAGCACAUUGGUGGCAACAGCGAUCUCGAGGCCGUGGCCAGCAAGGGCAAGGACGGCAAGAAGCUUGAGGAGUUGUUGAAGGAGGCUGGUGCUCUCUAAAUGGAGAGAGAGGAGGAAUCAGAAGGAAGUGAUGGGAUACCCACGGUCAAAGGCUCAACCAACAUUCAAGAUUAUGGGAUAUUAGC